CAAAAACGGAAGGUCCGUAACAAUGUUGGCUCAAGGUUCCGAGGGGCCGUCGCCGGCCUCCCAGGGUUCCCUUCGGGCGUCUUUCGUUUCUGUCAGCCAUCUGCAGACGGCAUGAUGCGCCGUCGCACGUCCCACAGCGUCGGCGCGCUGCUCCUGCUGCUGGUAGCGCGCGGCGCCCCGAGCGCCGGGUCGCCGGCGAGCGGGACGCUGGCCCGCCCGAGGCUGGAGGGUUCGGCGAGCGGUCGCCCUCGCGAGCCGCAGGCAGCGUUCGGCAGGCGCCAGGCUACCAGCGGCGCGCAGUUGCUCAAGCUCUUGGCGGGUGAUGGGGUCGCCUACAGCCAGUUCGGUAUUUCGGUGGCCGUGAGCUCCGACGGGGCCCGCGUGGUGGUAGGGGCCGGCGGCUACUACGAUGACGACGAGCUGGGCAGUCAGUUUGGCUCCGCGUACGUGCUCGACGGGGCCACUGGCGAGAGGCUGCUCAAGCUUGUGGCGAGUGAUGGGGCCCAAUUCGACUCGUUCGGUUACUCGGUGGCCGUGAGCUCCGACGGGGCCCGCGUGGUGGUGGGGAGCGUCUAUGAUGAUGACCAGGCCUCCACUACAGGCUCCGCGUACGUGUUCAACGGUACCACCGGCGAGAGGCUGCUCAAGCUUGUGGCGAGUGAUGGGGCCGCAAACGAUUAUUUCGGUGACUCGGUGGCCGUGAGCUCCGACGGGGCCCGCGUGGUGGUGGGGGCCACUGGUGACGACGACCAGGGCGCCAAUUCAGGCUCCGCGUACGUGCUCGACGGGGCCACUGGCGAGAGGCUGUUCAAGCUUGUGGCGAGUGAUGGGGCCGCAGGCGACUCGUUCGGUUACUCGGUGUCCGUGAGCUCCGACGGGGCCCGCGUGGUGGUGGGGGCCACUGGUGACGACGACCAGGGCACCAAUUCAGGCUCCGCGUACGUGUUCGACGGUACCACCGGCGAGAGGCUGCUCAAGCUUGUGGCGAGUGAUGCGGCCGCAUACAGCAAAUUUGGUAAUUCGGUGGCCGUGAGCUCCGACGGGGCCCGCGUGGUGGUGGGGGCCUGCCAAGACGACGACCAGGGCGUCUAUUCAGGCUCCGCGUACGUGCUCGACGGUACCACCGGCGAGAGGCUGCUCAAGCUUGUGGCGAGUGAUGGGGCCCAACUCGACAGGUUCGGUUACUCGGUGGCCGUGAGCUCCGACGGGGCCCGCGUGGUGGUGGGGACUUGUGGCGAGUGAUGGGGCCGCAAACGAUUAUUUCGGUGACUCGGUGGCCGUGAGCUCCGACGGGGCCCGCGUGGUGGUGGGGGCCAUGAAUGACGACGACCAGGGCACCAAUUCAGGCUCCGCGUACGUGUUCGACUUCACCGAGGCAACAACUGAGACGACCACCGCGACGACCACCAAGACGGCCACGACGACCACCGAUACGGGCACGAGUUCCGCGGCGUCAAGCACUACUACCAUCAUCAAGACAAACACCGAGACAACAACUGAGACGACCACCGCGACGACCACCAAGACGGCCACGACGACCACCGAUACGGGCAUGAGUUCGGACACGUCAAACACCACAGCGACCACCGAGCCAUGGGGAUUAAUUGCAGUCUUCGCUGGUGUCUUGAUCUUGUUCUUGGUCUGCUGCGUCGCGCUGGGAUGCCUGGUGAAGCGCAGACGUGGCAGGAGCCCAAGACCCGAGCGCGGCAUUGACAACGCGGAAGUUAAGGACAACGAGUACAACGAGUCGGAGCAGGUCGCGGAGAUCUAGCACGACGCGGAGCCUGAGGCCUUCCUAUAAUCUCCCUCCUCUCCUCGCUCCCUGACGCGCCGCGCAGCUAUCCCUCGGGGAACAGAUCUGAAGGUUCGCAGGAUGAAGUCGGGUCUGUCCCUCUACAGGAGGGAUGUUCAGACAUAGUCAAAACCUAAUGCGCGGACGAUGUUUUGACUAUGUUGGAGCAUUUUUGAGUUUUUUUACAAAACGCUUGUUUUACACAUUUUUCGCCCAUCAUCCCCCUGUAUGGGGGACACUCCCGAUCAUUCCAGUUAUCGGGUGGGAAUUGUCGGGUGGGUAUUCUGCGUUCCUCCCUCCGCCCUCCUCGUAUGAUCCGUUGUUUGCCUCAUGCCUCCAUGGGCCCGAGGUCUCCGACUCCCUGGAUAUGUAAGUGCGAUGCAGUUGCUCUACAUGGUUUCCAGGAUCCGAGGGGAGCGGUGCUCUUGCGCCGCCUGGACCGCAGAAAGGAGACCCACUUUCUGCAGGCCCACGGUAACCUGGGGCUCCCCUUUACAUUAGCUUGAGCUUGAUGCUCUGCCUUCGGUGUGAGCGUCGCUCCAUUUUCGAUCCAAUCUAUUUGAAGGCCAGCUGUAUGCGCUUGAGCUCGAACUUCCGCUCAAUGCGCGGAAGCUUCGCUCCAUUUUUUAUUUCUCUUUUAGCUUGAGCUUGAACUUCCGCUCAACGCGCGGAAGCUUCGCUCCAUUGCCAUAAUUUCCCUGGGCCCCUCACCCACCUGCCGCGCUCCCCGCGGUGGCUGGUCACGGUCGCCCCAAAGUAGAGGCACCUCCACAAGCAGCGGCCGGUUUUGAGAGAGAACGUGCCAAGCAGUUUAGCUUUGCCUUUCUUCGACCGAUGCGGUGUGGCAGCAAAAACAGAAACCGCCCACUUGCGCCUCGUCCAUCUCGUCCACUUCCCCUUAUUCUCUGUUCACUGCGGUGGGCUCGUGCCGUGCCGACGCGGCGGCGACCCCGCCGAGGGCGCCCCAUCGGGGGUGGGCAGAAGCCCCCUCCCUGACACGUCG